UCUCCCGAUGUUCGCACCCUGAAACGCCACAGCACGCGUCCCGUUCUCCCGUUCCACGUACCGUCGCCCGAUCGUCAACCGGGGGAUGUUUUAGGCGCUCUUUCAUGGUUUCCAUAUUCAAAAAUUCUAUUGAAAUGCAUAACUCAAAAUCAACUGCGAACAACGUGCCAGAAGGGGAUGAUUCCUCACUAAGGUCCCUCAGUUCUGAGGACGUGUCGCAGGCGCCUCGCGGCUACUGCUGUGCCAAAUCCAUCAACCCCGCAGACGGCAGAGGAAGGAAGCUUCAUCUGCUUCAGAUGUUGGUGCUGCCCUUUAUACCGAUUAUGGCCCUAAUCGUGCAGACGUCGGUCAUACUUAAUAAUAUCAUGGUGUCCAGACACGAAGUCAUGGACAUAGAGAGUCAAGUGACGAAAGCGGAGGAGCUGGGAAAAGUGGUGACUAGAAUGCAAAUGGAGCGAUCGGAAGUGGCAUUUUACGUAUACACAUCGGGUGGUCAUCACGAAAGUCAACGUGUUCUCAGAACAAAUUUGACCAAGAGGUACGAACUGACUGACGAGGCGAUUGAGAACAUGGCCACGUGGCCUCCUGUUUCUUUGCCACAGGAUGGGAAAAAAGUGCACCUCAACAAAACCACUUUUCAGGAAAACUUGGGUUAUUUCAGACAAAAUCUUACAACAACCAACGAAAGUAAAAUGGCCGACGUUUUGAACUGGUACACAGCAGUCAACGCUGCCAUGUUGGAACAUUUAACUAAUGAGAUCAAAGAAACUGACAGUAGCGGUGUGUGGAGAUACUUGUUGUCGUUUAAAAAUUUACUCAAAAGUAUUGAGAACAUAGGGAUAUCCAGUGUUUAUGGCGUCAACUACUUUGGAAAAGGGUUUUUAUGGUCCGAAAGUUAUGAAAAUUAUAUAAGACAUGAUGCAAUAGCGAAGGACCUGUUAAACACUUCGCUAAAUUAUGUACCAAAGAUGAGAAAAGAAUAUACAUCCUUAGCGCUGACCAUGGUCAAUUAUGGUGAUAUAAAACACAAGAGUGACAUAAUAAUAAAAAACCAAAAAAGGGCUCCCAAUUAUAGCGAAGCACUGGACUAUUUCGAAGCGAUAGCAAUGUAUACGGAUGAACUAAGGAAAUUACAACGUUCUUUAAGAAUGACAAUUAGAGAUUAUGUGGAUGACAAUCUUCACGAUGCAGCCAACAGUGAAGCUGUAGGAAUAGCUAUUCUCGUAGUGGUCCUGGCUGUGUCUCCAGUAAUUAUUUGGCUUGUUAGAAAUGCCGUCGCAACCAUUCAGUUAUACGCUGCAAAUUUGGCAAAGAAAGCCAAGGAAUUAAAGAGGGAGAAAAAGAAGAGUGAUUUACUACUCUUCCAAAUGUUGCCACCAAGCGUGGCGACUCAAUUAAAACAAACUCGACAGGUUCCAGCCGAAUACUACGCUUCAGUCACCAUCUAUUUUAGCGACAUUGUAGGAUUUACUGAAAUAGCAGCUGUCAGCACACCACUGGAGGUUGUAACGUUUUUGAAUAAAAUCUAUAAACUAUUCGACGCAAGAAUAGAAUGUUAUGAUGUUUACAAAGUUGAAACAAUUGGAGACUCAUACAUGGUAGCUUCUGGAUUGCCAGUAAAGAACGGUAAUAAACAUGUAUCGGAAAUUGCAAGUAUGGCUUUGGAUUUGUUGGCUGGCUCGACGCAAUUUAAAAUCCCCCACAGGAAAUCUGAAAGGUUGCAAAUUAGAUCUGGAGCUCAUACUGGGCCAGUAGUUGCGGGAAUUGUCGGCUCAAAAAUGCCAAGGUAUUGUUUAUUUGGAGACACCGUCAACACCGCAUCCAGAAUGGAGUCUACCGGAGAAGCAUCCAAAAUUCACAUCAGUUUGGAAAUGAAAAAAGCUUUGGAUCACAUAGGGGGUUAUCGAAUAGAGCACAGGGGUUUGGUGGAUGUUAAGGGAAAAGGGCUAAUGGACACAUAUUGGUUAACAUGCAAAGAAGGUAGUGUUAAUCGAACUGUAGGCAUGGAAACACCCACAUAUUUCCAGGAGGAUGAAGAUAACGAGCCAAUGUUCAUAAAAAGACUCAGAAGUGAUACGUAUUAUUAUUAAAAUAUUGGUAUAAAAUUAAACUAAUGUAAGUGUUAGUUGUUGUUACAAACUGAUGGGGCACUCCUUUGACAAGUGUGCGUUUAGAUGCAUUAGAUUUUAUUAGUCAAAUAAGUUAUCCCUGAUCUCGAUGUAUUUAUUUUGU